UGAGCGCGUGUGGAAAGUCCCUACCCUUUGGAAAUCCCCGCGUUCAAUUCCGCGUUGAAAAGCUUCGCUUUUAUUAAGUUUAACACUGUGAGCUAGCAUUUUAAACAGUGAGGACACUGUACAGAGACCUGUGAGUGAACGUUAAUGGCGCUAUGGACGACUACGGUUACACUCAGUGAAGUGCCAGUGGUCUAGUCGGAGCAUCUUAUGGGCUUUGUUGAUAUCGACAUAUUGAACAGUACCAAAUUGGUGCCCGUUGUUUUGGAGUACGCCAUGUCGCAGGGUCAAAACUUCCUGCCCAAGUUCCUGUUUGUGAGCAACCUGUUCAAGGCCAUGAAGAUCCGGGAGAGGGUGCCCAACGACGUGGUGAAGCCGGCCUCCAGUGGCGGCCUGGUGCACCACCUGCGCGGCAUGCACCGGCACACGCUGGAGAUGAUCCGCAUGAGCCACUUCCCACAGACCUUUCGGGAAGUCAUCCAGUCAGCCAUCUUGGACCGAGCCAUGCAGAGCUCGCUGGAGCAGGAGAAGCGGCUCAACUGGUGCCGCGAGGUCAAGAAGCUAGUGCCUCUCCGGACCAACGGAGAUGGCAACUGCCUGCUUCAUGCUGCGUCGCAGUACAUGUUGGGCGUUCAGGACACAGACCUGGUCCUGCGGAAGACCCUCUAUGCCGUCCUGAAGGAAACAGACACCACAGACUUCCGGGCCCGCUACCAGACAGAACUCCUCCACUCACAGGAGUUCACCCAGACUGGCCUGCGCUAUACCACCAUGAACUGGGAGGAGGAGUGGAAGAAGAUAGUGGACAUGGCCUCGCCGGUCUCCAGCAGCAACGGGCUGCAGUUCGACUCCCUGGAGGACAUCCACAUAUUUGUGCUGUCCAACAUCUUGCGCAGACCCAUUGUGGUCAUAGCAGACAGCGUGGUGAGAAGUAUGAAGUCCGGCUCCUCCUUCGCCCCUCUCAAUGUGGGCGGAGUCUACCUGCCGCUCCACUGGCCCGCCAGCGAGUGCUACAAAUACCCCAUAGUGCUCGGCUACGACUCGCAGCACUUCGCCCCGCUCAUCACCAUCAAGGACAGCGGCCCAGAGAUCCGUGCGGUGCCCCUGAUCAACCCGGGCCGCGGGGGCUUUGAGGAGCUGCGCGUGCACUUCCUGACGGAGAAGGAGGCCCAGCAGAAGGAGCGUCUCCUGAAGGACUACCUGCUCCUCAUGGACAUUCCCGUCAUCAGCCUCGCCUACGACACCACGCGCAUCAUCAACGCCGCCAGGUUGGACGAGGGGAACCUUCCCGAGGACAUGGAUCUGAUGGAGGACUAUCUGCAGCUGGUCAACCACGAGUACAAGCGCUGGCAGGAGGACAAGGAGGCCAUGUGGGCGCCCCAGGGCCAGCAUCGGGCCCCUCCACCGGCCUUCUCCGUCUCCCAGCUCUCGCUCAUCGAGAUCCGCUGCGCCACGCCGCGCUGCACCUUCUACGUCUCAGUGGACACGCAGCCGCACUGCCACGAGUGCUUUGAGAAGCGGCAGGCCGGACGCCAGCUGGAGCCCGGCGUGGUGUCGUCGUCGUCUGCGGCGGUGGUGGCAGCAGGGCACGGGGUGGUGGUGGCGGGUGGCACGGCGGCGGCAGCGGGGUUGGCGACGCUGGUGGGAUCGCAGACCACCACCGGCUCCGAUUCGGAAGCGGCGCACCACGGUUGCGGGCGAGGAGCGCCCGGUGGCAGCGGCGGCGGCGGUACUGUGGACCGGGCCAUCAUGCCCAGCCCGCGCUCGGCACCCCCCACCGCCCCCAGCCUCAGCCUCUACAGCGAGACACACGCCAUGAAGUGCAAGACGCCCGGCUGCCUGUUCACGCUGAGCGUGGAGCACGACGGACUAUGCGAGCGCUGCUUCGCCGCCAGGCAGAACCCCCCACCACCACCACCUCCGGUCCUUCCCGGUGCCAACAACACCGCCGGCGCGCCCCUCAACGGGCCCACGACGCAUCACCACCACCACCACGGCUGGAACCAGUGGGCGGCUGGUGGCGGUGGCGGCGGCGGGCGGGAGUGGGAACGCGACCGGGAGCGGGAGACGGAGCGCUGCGGCAUGUGCCAACAGGAAGCCUUCAGGAUAUUCAACGGACUGUGCCCGCCCUGCAUGCAACGGACAGCGGCCGAGCGGGGCGACGCCCAGCCACCUGCCCCUGCCCCCCCGCCCGCUCCCCGGCUAGAACCCGGCACCUCCUCCUCUUCCGUGUGGACUCAGCUACGGGACGCGGAGCGAUCGGCGGCGUCGGGGCUCACGCCCUGGCAUGUGCCUAGUGCCAACAGUGCGGCGCGCCUGUGCAAGCGCAGCGGGUGCCAGUUCUUCGGCACGCAGGAGAAACUGGGCUUCUGCACCAUCUGCUAUGUGGACUAUCAGACCAACCAUCAAGCACCACCAGCUACUGUGCAGCCGAGACACACGUCCGAGGCGGGCUUCCAGAACUGUCCGCGGUGCCGAGGGCCAGGCUGCGGGGCGUUGGGCAAGGCCAUGCUGGAGGGCUACUGCAACAAGUGCUACGUCAAGGAGCAGAGCGCCCGGCUCAACCAGGCCACCUGCCGCGGAGCCCACUCGCCACCGCUAGUCAUGAGGGCACCCAAAGCUCGUCCACCACCCACCACCGGGUCCCAGGCCCAGUGUCGGCGCAGCGGCUGCAAGAACCUGUCUCCCGGCUGCACAGACCUGUGCCCAGACUGCGUGGGGCAGCCCAGGCAGCGCAUGGAGGGCCGGCGGGCCCAGGCACCCAAGGAGAAGAGCAAACAACGCUGCCGCACGCUGGGUUGUGACCACUACGCCAACCAGGAGAAACAGGGCUACUGCAAUGAGUGCGACCACUUCAAACAGAUCUACCGUGGCUGAGGAAGUGUCCCAACGAAAACCCAAACACUCGCCAAGGGCCAUUGACAGCUUUGACUGGGCCUGGGACAAAAUCAUCUCAAAGAGCUCCUCUCUCAAUGCAUACAAUGUAAUGGGGACCCUAUUCUGGGCACCCAGUCUCCCCUGGCCUGGGACAACUGACCUGUUUGGCCCCUCCUGUCGGCGGACCUGCACGUGCCACUCAUAAGACAGCAAGAAUGAACCAAUUUUCUCCUUGAAAAACAUGCACAGUCAUGGACAUAGAAAAAUGUGGCUUAUUGUAGUCCGAGGCAAGCCAGGCAAAAUGUUUGAGUCACAAGCAGCUCUCUUUCUUUUGGUUUCUGGAAAUUGUUCAGAAGCCGGCCUUUGUCUUUGUCAUACCGCCACCACACCACAUCUCCGUUUCACCGAAAUCAGCUGAAGGCCGAAUGACAAAAAGAAAAAAAUCUAGAAAUCCCGAAAUGAAAUCGGCCUGAUAAGGGCAAGUUUUGGCUUAAAUUUUGCGUGCCAAACGUGCAAAUUGGCUGUCUCUCUCCCUUAAAAUAUGUGGACGAUGUAAUCGUCUUUAAACAAAGUGUAUCGGGCAACAGGGUGACCCCACAGUCCAGAACACCUGGCUCCUUCCAAAAACACACAUACACACACACACACGCACGUUUAUGGAGACGUGUGUUUAGUGCCAAACUGCCUGCCUGGGAAGAGGUAUCCGCUUUUGACAACUGAAUGUCCAUCAAAAUAUUUAUCCGAGCAAGAGGGCGAAUCGCAGACAUGCAAGGACCUAAAUGAAGUGAUCUUAUUUUUUAUGCUCAAGAGUAGCAUAAACUGACCAAAGUUACAAAUGUAAAGUUUUGAGGAAAACAAAUAACUUGACAUACGCAAAACAAAAACACAAAACGGUGCAUGUUGCCAAAACACUGAUUUGAACAAAUAUGUAUAAGACCCCUGCCGCAUAUCCCAACAACUAACAAACCAGUCCAAACACAAAGCAAGAAACUCUUAAACACACACACACACAUAUACACACACACACACAAAAACGCCACUGGCCUGAAUGAAACAUUCGGUUUAUACUUGUCUGGCGUUGGCAUGGGAUAAUGCCUUUGUUAUUUCCACUGAGCCUCUAAUGUGCGCUGUGCAGUGGACUAGACAACUGGACUGACUGUAUCGUCUAUCCACCAUGCUCCGUGCCAUCAUGGAGGAGGACAUGUUGCCUUUCUUGACACUGAGUUUGUAUUUUUUGCCUCUCACCCCUGCUAACAACACACACACACACACACACACACACACACACACACACACUCCACACACAACAUACAAUCCUUACACACUACAGUAUAUUUCCAUACUGACUCUUGGCUCCACAAGCAGACAUAACACACCUACAGUAUACAGACACACACUUGUCUUUUCAAUUAGAGCAGGAACAUUUUUUGCGACAUGCAGUACGCACCACAGACCGCACCCCGUACCCAGAAUCCUUUGCGAUUCUUAAUCGGUGGUGCAUGGUGCCACUUAAUGAACACGUCGUAGCUCCUGAAAAACAAGUUUCAAAAAGUGCAAUAAAACUUCUGUAAUUUCCUGCCUUCAA